AUGGACUCCUGUUUCAAAUCAAUGAAUAGCGAUGGCAACAAGGAACUUUUCCAGAAAGCUCGUAUUCUCCUGAACCCAUCUGCCUUUCUUCGAAGUGCCACGUACUUGUAUGCCGAACGCAAGCUAUUGGUAUUUUUCCUUGUCCAUUUUGUCUGCACUUUGGUCAUUUGGGCUCACUUUGCACUUCGCAAACUGGAUGCUCAGCUCGCGAACGUCCCCGAGGCCGCCAAUCGGUACUGGUGGAAGAUCGUCGCUCCACCUCUAGAGUUUGGAUCCAUGCAUGCCAUUCUCUUUCAAAUGGCCCUACUGCCUCUGACCAUGGCCCGGUUUUCCAUAGCCAGUCUAUGCGACUCGUCUCUCAACAGCAUCUUGCCACUUAACCGGACUCUUCGUAUGCAUAUACAUCUUGGAUACACCAUGAUAUUUAUUGUAUUCUGGGCUGUCAUAUUUUUCUUUACGUUUUUCGGUUUGCUAUGCUCGGACGGAGAAGAAGCCUUCUGCGAGAAAUUUACAGAAGAAAUCAUGAUCACUGGAUACUGCAUCUUGGCAUUCUUGUUGUUGGUUGGUUUUACAUCCUACUUUCGCCAUUCCAUUCCCUACCAAAUAUUUUAUGCCGUUCAUCAUGCGGUCUUCGUCAUGUACUUUGUGACCAUUGCUCACACCUUGGAUGUGAAAGCACGUGAAGGAGGGGAGCGAAGCCAAACUUUCAAAUGGUUCUCGGCGUCAGUAUUGUUCUACUUUUGUGACCGAGCCGCCAUGUACUUGAAUCACCGAUAUUAUGCCGAGAUGACAAGUUCGGCGGUUGUGGAGGGCACGAAUGGAUCUCGCAUGAUUAUUUUGAAGCUCAAGCGUCCUACGCUCUUCCAGUUCAAAGCUGGACAGUCCGCAUUGCUUCGAAUCAAGGGCAUUGAAAUGCAUUGGCAUCCAUUCUCCAUUGCUUCUGGACCAGAGUCUGAUGAGCUUGAAUUCUAUAUUGAAGUAUACGGCGCAAGCUCUUGGACCAGUCAAUUGUGGGAUCUUUUGAUCGAUGAAGAAGGUAUCCAUGACCCUCAUGCACGCUUGUUUGUAGAAGUCAAGGGACCAUACGGAACCAGUCUUGCCUCGACAGAUGACUAUACGCAUGUCUUGUCGCUCGGAUCUGGCACUGGUAUUGUCCCGGUCUUGAGUCUGUACAAGGAACAUAUCCGCAACAUGCUAGCAUUGGAUCCCAUCGCUUAUCUGGAGGAACUUGACUAUCGCGAACAGCGCAUUCACCAAGUCCAGUUGCAGAUGGAAAGGAGAAAGGGAUCGAUUGCCAAAAAGGUAAUCACCAUGUGCCAUAGUCCCGCUGACGAAGACGAAGAGCAAGAAGAUGGUAUUUCCCGUAAAAGUGUGCUCAGGGUUGGCAUCCAGAACAAGCUUGCGAAACAUAACCAGCUGACAAGUAUGAGAGAUAUUCGCAAGAACAUGAGUGAACUGAAAAAGGGAGCAAGCGAAGCCACCCGUUUCAUCUAUGGCACUGUCGUGCUGUGCAUUGCUCCAGUCUUGGGAGUUGUCGUUUUGGGUUUGACAAUCUCUUGGAACACCACCAAAGUCGAUCUAACACCCAAGAUGUACCUUGCGCUAGAGAUCCUAACAGUUCUCUUCCAAUGCAUUUUCGCUACCGUUUCUCUUUUCGUUUGGGAUUCGACGUCUAUGGUGAACUAUUUGGAUCUUGUAAUCUCCCUCAUUGCUCCAUUUGCCGACUGGUAUUGGUAUAGAGUAUACGAGGAGCAGAGAUCAAAGCUUUCCCCUGAAGAGGUCAUCCUCGCUUCUGUAUUCCUUGGCUACAUGGUCGUUCGUUUGUGGACCCGUGCCGUCCACCCAUUUCACCAGAGUUGGAAAAAGCAUAUUCGCAACCAUGGCUCUGGAAGUAGCGUAAACUGCUUGGAGCUGGUUUGGACCACCCGUUCGGCAUCUCAAGCAUCUAAGAUCCUGCCUGACAUUGCGUCUCAUUACAAUGCGCUCGUCAAGGCUUGGGGUGCCGAGAAUGCCAAGGAAGUAUGCCGCGUCAAGAUCUGUGUGACCGAUGCCGAUCCCGUCGCCUGUGCACAAUUGCAAGAGGAAAUGAAAACUACUGCUUCUGGAAUCGAACUAUCCAUCGGCCGUCUUGACAUUGGUCGCUGGAUCGAAGAUCACACGUUGCGAAUGAUUGAUGCUCACAAGCGGUCUUAUUCACUCUUGGCUUUCUGUGGUUCUCCUAGACUUGCGCAAGAGAUUCAUCAGCAGAAAAUUUCGAAUGACAUGAUCAAGGCUGUCACAGGGUACAAGAAUCACCAGAUGGACUUUGUCUCGGAGAGCUAUGGCGGAGCAUCAAAGGGAAAGGAACCAAUGGCCCAGGGAGCCGAAAAAGAAAGCAAACCGUCCAAAUCAUUGAACCGCUUCUCAUCUAUUAGUUAUGAACGUGGAAAUAGCGGUGUUGCCAGCCCGUUUUCUGGACACAUGGGUUCUGGUGAGGGCUUCCAUGUUUCUCCAAAGUUUACCCCAUUGAACAGACCUUCGUUGUUCCCAGUAAAUGUCAACGAUAACGGAGACGAAUAA